AUUAGUUGGUUGUUUCUUGACAUCCCGAUCCGUUUCAACUCCAGCAAAACAACCAAUACUCCAUACAGUUUAUUCAACAAUUAUCUACCAACAAGCCUUCAAAGAACAGUACCUAGGUAAACAAUUCCCGCCGCAGGUCCGUUCUCGACCGCUGCCAACAAUCUUCUAGCUCCACUUGGUCCCGCAACGGUGUGGAAUCUAAAUUUUUCUCAAUCUAUCUGCAUUGGGGAGUUGGUUUCGGCUCGCUUCGUUAUCAGUCGAACGUCGAAAAGCCGAAAGUCUACGUCAGCUUCCCAGCCCUUCCCAGCCGAUACUUGUCAGCAGUAAGCAAGUAAAAGCAAGCGAAAAAGCAGGACUAAACCUUCGGGCCGGGAAGGGUAUUAGCCCUUUCCGUACGAUGCGAUGGCAACUUUCAACUCCAUGCCGGCGCUGCAGUCAGGCGCCAGCCCGGGAGACGCCAUGGGAUUAAACGCCGCCAUGUCCGGUUCCGGACUGGGCAUCGAACCCUUCGACCCCGAUCUCAACUUUGACGAAUCUAUGCUAGAAAACGUCAACGGUACCCUCCCUCCUUUACCCUUCACCCCCUCCUACGAUUUCGAAACAUUCUCCACCACCUUCGAAGACCCCUUCAACUACUCCAAACCCUACGAGACCGCCGCGCCGCAUCCCGAAGACUUCCACGAUGAAGGGUCGUCUCCGCAACAACCGGACGAUAAGCUCCUCAGCUUCUCCGCCACGGCCGCGAAAGCUACACCCCUCGACGAUGCGUUAGGCGCUUAUUCCGAAGUCAAUAUGUCGGCCGAGCUAUACGGCAUGUUCUUUGUCGCCGAAGAUGUCUUCGGCGGUGAAUCUACAGGUCGACCGCUGGAACUUACGUGCUAUCGGCGGAAUCUAUGGCAAUGUUCGGGGCAAAUAACGAUGCCGCGGCAUUGCACGCAGGUGAUGAACGAGCAGGGGCGCGCGAUCCCCAUUGUAGAAUUUUUUGCCUCGAUAUCGGCCAAGGAGAGCAUCGAGGGCAAGUCCACCGAGAUAAUCUCCAUACCGUGGAAGAGCAGCAACCCGGCCUUAGGGGAAGGCCAAGAAACCAAAGUAGCCAGCGCACCGCCCAAGAUCGCGCUCGACCUAAGCGGCGGCCAGGAAGUAGACGGCCACAGGGUCAGCAUACCGGUUUCGUGGAAGCGACUGCAGUUCAAGAGCGCGACGGCGAAUAACGGGCGCCGGAAGGGACUGCAGCAGCACUACGUCGUGCAGAUCAGCCUGCUCGGCAAGAUGAAGACGGGAGGCGACUUCAUGAAGAUCGCCGAGAUCCAGAGCGGCCCGGUGAUCGUGCGCGGACGGAGCCCGCGGAAUUUCGAUAGCAGGAAGGACGUUCCCCUGACCGGCGACAAGAAGGCGCCCGGAAGCGUGGAACGAGCGCGAACUCACAGCGACGCGAGCUCGACGGCAAACCUGAAGACGGAGCGGUCCGACUCCGCGCAUAACUUACACCACUUCUCGUCCCCAUCCCUGGGCACCACGCCGUCCGGUACAUCCUGGGCGACCCCCUCAACACCCGCAUACGGCGGCGGGCAACAAAACUCACAAGCCCACCCCGCGAAGAAGAUCGCGCUCUCGCCCAAUAUAAGCCGGCCACCGGUCCCGGCCUGGGGCAGCAAGGAAUCUACAAACCAUAACAAGGCGCAGCAGGCGCUAAGCAGUCAUACGAAGAAUAGCAAUGGCAGCAGUAACAACCAUAACGGAUCGGCGCCGUCCGUGCCGAUAAACUUGUCUUUGUCGGAGGACGAGCGGAGCCCGAAUAACCGGUCCAACUCGGACUCGCUGACGAGCCCGAGGCUGCACCGGACGUCUACGAGUCACGGGCCGGGCGGCAGCCCGAUAGAAGAGGAGGAGGAAUUAUAUGAGUAUUUCCCGCUUAGUGUGGAUGAUUGGACACCGCUCGUAGACACCGUAUACCGCCCGCACAUCGUCCACCACAUCGCCGUGCCGCAGGAAAUCAAGGCGCAACAGAUUAGGAACAAGUCUAAGCGGUACUUCUCGGCCGAAUGAGUACCCUACCCACCUGCCUAUCUACCACCUCAACCUUAUAAGCCGAUAUACGCCAAGUACCUUGACUAUGCUAUGCAGGUACCGUGUGCUCCUACGCGCCUAGACGAUUGUGUGGAUCAGAGACCCAAUCCCUUCAAAGAUGAGAGCUAAGAGCAAAAAGAAAUCCGGUGA